AUGGAGAAAAAGAUAGUGCGCAAAGGGCCGCUGCCUGGAGGUCGCCAGGGCGCGUCUGGAGCUGGCGCUGGACGCGACAGCAUGCGGGCCGCCAGCCGAGCGCGGGGUGUUGCAAGACCACCUAGCAGCCCCCCGCAUCCAUCAUCCCCACCAGAAGGCUUGGUGUCGGCUGGGUCUUCUCGGACUCAGCAAGCGGCACCCGCCGCUGGUGGAGCACGUCGCAUGCGUUGGUCUAAAUCAAUGAAUGAAAACGCACUGCGGGCGUAUUUUAGGGCAAAAGGGGAAGAAACUGGAUGUUUGGCGUAUCGGGCUCGGAUGCAUCGCUUUUUUGCAGAGCUGGAGCCAUCUCUAUCCGUCACUGAGCAAAACCUGGCAGACCGAGUUAGGUACAUCCUGCGCUCCAACAUAUUUGGUGACGCCGAACUCGAGCGACUACGACGUGAGGCUAUUCCUUCAUCGAAUGGAAAUGCUACGGCUGGGAAUGCGGCGCCACUAGAUGCGCAACAAACUGCAUAUGUGGAUGCUGACAUCAACAUUCCAUUUGUGGCUAAUUCAGACGAUGAUGGAAUAGUCUCCCACGAACUAGAGAAAAUGAGGAGCAUAUUGGAAGAGUCGAUGCUGGAAACGCGCAGUAUGCCUCUCGAAAAUCGACCGCGACUUCCCCGCAUACCCCUUAGCAAGCGAAAUCGGGCUGUCGUGCGGGCUCUUAACCCAAUGCUGGUGACCUAUUUGGAAGCCAGCCGGGACCUUUGCGAGACGGAUUCAAUUCUUUUUGGCGCCGCACUGGCAGUAUGCCGUAUUAUUGGCGCCAAACUUCCCGUGGCUGGACGUGCUACUCAAAAAAGUAGCGCCAUCCCAGCCUGGAGAAAAAGAAUUGAGGACCGUAUCGCAAAGGCAAGGGCCCUUAUCGGCAGACUGACAAGCUUCAGGUCGGGUAAUAAUAGACCGAGGAUUAUGCGCACCGUUAGGAUGGCGUUUGCUGGGACAAAUAUCAGUUUGUUCCAGCCGGAUAUCACGCAAAAACUAACGGAGCGCAUAGAUGACCUGAAGCAAAAAGUCGCUGCUUGGGGGAAGCGGAUUCGACGAUUUAGCGAGAGGUCAAGGCGGUUCAACCAGAAUCGUCUCUUCCAGAGUGAUCAGAAGAGGCUCUAUAAAUCAUUGGAGCGACCAGAGGUAUGUGGAGCGGGCCCAGGACCGGAUCAGGAUGACACUGUCGCAUUUUGGCGUGGCCUGUGGUCAGAGCCCGUAAACCACAGCGAGGGCCCUUGGAUGGAAGUUGUGGCGAGCCAGAGUGCAAGUGUUACGCCUAUGGACCCCGUCACCAUAACGCCUGAAGACGUGGCUGAGGCGGGCCGCUGCCUGGGGGUCGCCGGGGCGCGUCUGGAGCUGGCGCUGGACGCGGCAGCAUGCGGGCCGCCAGCCGAGCGCGAGGAGCUGCAAGAUCACCUAACAGCCCCCCCGCAUCCAUCAUCCCCACCAGACGGCUUGAUGUCGGCAGGGUCCUCUCGGACUCGGCAAGCGGCAUCCGCCGCUGGUGGAGUGCGCCGCAUGCGUUGGACAAGGGAUAUGAACGCAAACGCAAUGCGGGCGUACUAUAGGGCGAAAGGGGAAGAAACUGCGGGGAUAGCGUAUCGGGCUCGGAUGCAUUGCUUUUUUGCUGAGCUGGAGCCGUCUAUUCCCGUCACGGAACAAAACCUGGCAGACCGAGUUCGGUACAUCAUGCGCUCGAAAAUAUUCGAUGAUGCCGAGCUCGAACGACUACGACGUGAGGCCAUUCCCUCAUCGAAUGAAUUGGCUACGGCUGGGGAUGAGGCUCCUCAGGCGACAGACCAGCUGCCACGAGUAGAAGCCGCCAUGGAUCUUCCAGUUGUGGGUGAUUCAGACGAUGAUGAAAUGGUCUCCCACGAACUAGAGCAAAUGAGGAGUAUAUUGGAAGAGGCGAUUUUAGAAACGCGCAGCAUGCCUCUCGAAAAUCGACCGCGACUUCCCCCGCAUACCCCUAAGCAAGCGAAAUCGGGCUGUCGUGAGGGCUCUUAA